GGCCGCCUCAUACCAAGCUGUUCAAGGUCGUUGGAAUGAAACGGCGGUCGACUUUGAAUGGGCCUGACUUUAUCAUUCUCCCCUUAACAUUCGAGUAAUGGCUCACCCCAUUGUUGACGAAAGUCUUGGGAAAGAUUACCCAAAAGAACUGUUGUUAAAAAAGCAUUUGAAGUUCUUAGUUAGAUGCAAAAGUGAGAAUGACAGCACUUUAGACUAUUGCAGAAUGUCUGGAAUCUACUGGGUUCUUACUGCUCUUGACUUGCUCGAUGCGCUGUCAGAAGUAGAUGAAAAUGAAAUAGUUGACUUUGUACUAAGUUGUCAGAAAACGUGUGGCGGUUUCGCUCCGUGCCCCAAACAUGAUGCACAUCUGCUCUCAACUUUAAGCGCUAUCCAAAUACUUGCAAUGUAUGAUUGCUUAAACAGAGUGAAUGUUGAGGCCGUGUGUGCAUUUGUUUCCAAAUUACAGGUGAGGUGUGUACAAAUCUAGAAAUUUCCUUUAAUGCUCGUAUUUGUUACGUUUACGUUCUUCAGCACUGCCUCAAUGAGGCAUCAUAUAUUUAUGAUGUUUAUAAGAAAGCGUUCUAACACUCUAUUCCUCUGGCACUAUUUUGUGAUUUGCUGGAUCCAUAAAAAAAUUAUGUGCGGCUAAAAAUCUCAUGGCUUUCAAAAGGAACGGAUAUACCUGAUAUUAAGGGUUAUGUAAACAGAGUUAUCUCACGUCGUAAUUUGAAGAAAUGCAUUUUAUCUUUCUAAAUUUUAAACUAGCCGUUCAAUGAGUUGUGUUGUUUAAAAUAGCACGUUUUCUUGCAAGACUUAUUAAAGGCUUGAACGGAUAUGUAUUUCAGAGUUAGCAGCGCUUACUUACGCUUGUUACUCCUUGUGGGGCAUAGGCCGCCAACUAGGAUUCUCCAACCAACCCAGUCCUGGGUUCUUUCCAAUUACUCCCCUGUGUUAUUCAUCCUUCCUAUGUCUGCCUCCAGCUCUAAAUACACUAUGUUCUUUGAUCUCUACCUUCUGAUUUCAGGAUUUCAACUUGGAUCUUGCCUUGCGAUAUAGCUAGACGACUUCCGCAAUGUAUAUCCUGCCCGUCUACUUAUUUAUUUAUUUAAACACGAGUAUAGGUACGAUAAGGCUCCAAAUACAUAUGCGCCACAUCUCGUCAUUCGAUUUGUAUGAGGGGUGGGGUACUGUCCGGAUACCCGAACGGGAUCGGGUGAUCUUCUUAGGUGGCCACUCCCCAAGCAUUUGACCUAUAAGUCUAGUCCUACCCAUCUCCGGCGUCUUUUCCUAAUUUCCUUUUCAGCUGGGAGCUGGUAUGUUUUCUGCCACAGUUGGUUAUUUCUGAUGGCAUCUGGAUAAUGGAUCUUCAGUAUCUUGUGUAGACAACUGGUCAUAUAUAUCUGUACUGUUUUAUGAUGAUCGUGACAGUUCUGCAAGUUUCAGUUUCGCACAAUAGAGGUCUUGACGUUUGUACUAAAUAUUCUGACUUUGGCGUAAGCUGACAGUUGUUUCGAGUUCCAUGUAUUCUUCAGUUGUAGGAAUGCUGCCCUUGCUCUGCCAAUUCUUGCCUUGACAUCUGCAUCAGAUCCUCAUUGUUCAUCGAUGACGCUACCCAAGUACAUAAAACUUACCACUUCCAGAGCUUAUUUAUCAAGUGUGGUUUCGUUGGUGUUCAUUGUAUUGUAUUUUAAGACGUCAUUUUUCCUUCGUGAAUAUUGAGGCUCACUACUGCAGGGGCUGCUGCUACAUUGUCUGUCCCACCUACAUUUGUUGGUGUGUAGAGGAUGGAAAAGUUAGGUCAUCUGCGAAGUGAAGAUCGUCUAGUUGCAUCCAAGCUGUCCACUGUAUUCCGUGCUUACCCUCAGAUGUGGAGGUUUUCAUAAUCUGUUUGAUUACCAGAAGAAAAAGGAAGGGAGAGAGUAAGCAGCCUUGACUGACACCGGUUUUCACUCGGAAUGCAUCUCUCCAUGCACAACUUUGCAGUGUACACCGUCGCAUGAAUUUCGUGUCAUAUUGACGAUCUUCCCAGGCACACUAUAGCGUAGAAUAAGGUCCCAUACGGUUCUAUCUACACUGUCAAAUGCUUUUUCAUAGUCAAGGAAGUUGUUCAUUGACGAGUUCCAUUCAAAUAAUUGUUCGACAAUGAUCCCUAGUGUCGCAGUUCGGUCUGUUCACUACCGUUUCACACAGAAUGGAACCUGUUAAUCUCGAAGUUGGGCGUCUAUUUAAUCUUUCAUCCGGUCCAGCAACACUGUUGGAGACUUUUCCUGAUACUGAUAGUAUUGUGAUGCCUAUGUAGUUCUCACACUUGUUGAGAUCCCCUUUCUUUGGUAUCUGGAUGGAGUAUACUUCUUUCCAGUCUUUUCGUACAUGCCAGGAUAUUUGAGAUGCGUUUCUCCCUCAUUGAAUGCAAAUUGUUGCUUCAGGACUGCACCAACACCUGAACUAAAGAUUGGGAGUGAAGUAAUCGAACGCGUUGAAAACCUCACUUAUCUUGGAAGUCUGAUCAUCCCUAAUAGGUUGGUGUCUGACGGAAUCCCUGCACGGAUUUAAAAUGCUUUGUCUGACUUUCACCAACCACCUAUGGCAAAGGCGAGAUGUCCGUAUAUCAAUUGAAGGAUGAGUAUACUGUGCGGUAGUUCCUUCUGUUCUGCUUUACGGUUGCGAAACGUGGCCAUUAAGGUUAGAGGACGCUCGUAAUUUAUAUUUAAUCACAGGUGUUUUGGAAAUUGUCACUCGCAUCUGCUGGGAUCACCGGGUAAGUAAUAGUGAGGUUAGACGCAAGGUAUUAGGCAAUGAUGGUAAAUCAAUUGAUGAGUUUGUGAAUCUUCAUCGACUGUGAUGGUUGAGCCACGUAUUACGUAUGCCCAACCACCGACUACCACGGCGAGUAGUGCUUACUAGUGUUGAAGACGGAUGAAAGUUAGGGGUGACCAAACCAAAGCGUGUCAUCGGUCUAUAAAGUCACUAACUUCUGGUUUGAGCCAUGUUGGUAGAUGCAAAGUGCUUGGUUGGGGUCUGCGCGACUAUCUUAACCAGUGGUUGGAGACUCUGGGAGACAUAACUCAGAAUCUAUCACAAUAACGUGGGUGUAUACACUCUUUGUUUCCUCUUAACCCGGGAGAUUAUAAUUACAUUAUACCUUUUUUUCUACAAGGUAAUUCAUUCUUCCUGUAUAAUAUCCUUUUAUGCAGUCUUUUUUAUGUAUAACUACCAUUGAAGUAACUACUAUGAAUUUUGUAUUCAUCUUGUUGUGCUAAUGAUGUAUGGUAACUUGGACCGAUGCAUAUGUGCCUGAUCCUACGUUGUAAAUGAUUGACUGACUGUUCUUCCUCUCCAGUCUUCCCGAAGAGAGUGUGGAGGACCUUUGUAGUUACUUCUAUGUCUAACUUCAGCUGGUAUGCUGUUUGACAGUACAAUAAUAUUAUCUGGAAAGUCUAUUCACUUCAGAUAUUCCUUUAACAGAAAAGCAGUAAGUGGCUUAAUAAUGGAACUAAAGCGUACGAUGUUGUCAAUAGUGCAAAGCUAAGUACGAUCUUGUAGCAUUUCACCUCUACUUGUGAUAACUUGUGAGUCUAUCCUGUCUUGUAGAUACUUUCCAAGCACAUUGGUCAUAAUGAGUGUAAAUUGAAAUCAAACUUUCCUGGUGUUAAUUGGAAUAAUCCUAUAUUUACCAUCUGAUAAAUGACGAGGCAGCAUCUUAGUUGGAAGUUCAGAAACGAUUUGUAGCCCUCAUAUGUUGUAGGACUUUUUUAUUUCCUUUGACAUGUAAUUCCACACAUAAUUAGUAGAUCGGUGUUUUCGGUUUUUUCAUUAAUAUAAUAACUCUGUUAGUCACCUAGAAGCUAUGUGUACAAGUGACCGGAAUGUCAACACUGUAGGACAGGAUUUUUGUGAUUAGUAAAUUCUUGCUCUCUUCAUUAAUUACUAAUAUCACAAUUACAUGAAUUUCAAGCUCUAAAAUAUCAUCGUUAACUAUUUCACAUAUGAUUAUAGUGAAGGAAAAUUGGGGUUGUCUAUUUGGAUGAAGCUAAUGUCACUAAAAUCCAUUGUAUUAACUAAAAUUUAUCAUGAUUUAGUUCGUCUAACAAGUAAAGAGUUGGUUUUAAGGAACAAGCUAGGGAUUUGAUACUGUUCUUUCCAUCUUUCUUAAUCCAACUGUGCUUUUAGUCAUUGGCAUACUCAUUGCUUACCCUUCAUCUCUCUGUUUGGCGAAUGAGCUUUUUGACUGUAUAAGGAGUAUUGUUUUUAGAAAAAUUGGAUGCAUCUAGCCAUUUGCAUCAUAACUUUGUGUGUUAAUAAAUGUCCUUUAUGUUUUGACAGCAACCAGAUGGAAGUUUCGCUGGAGAUAUUUGGGGGGAAAUUGACACUCGGUUUUCAUUUUGUGCCGUUGCUACACUGCAUAUAGUUGGAAUGCUUUCCAAAAAUACUAUCGACAUCGAAGCUUGUGCUUCAUACCUUGAAAAGUGUCAAAAUUUAGAUGGAUGUUUUGGAACUCGACCUGGGAGUGAAUCUCAUGCAGGUCAAGCAUAUUGUGUCGUGGGAGCUCUGGCUAUACUUCGUCAACUACAUCGAUUAAAUAUAGACCGUGCUGCUUGGUGGCUAGCCGAACGUCAACUUCCUAGCGGAGGUUUAAAUGGAAGACCGGAAAAACAUCCUGAUGUGUGCUACUCAUGGUGGACUGUAGCUACUCUUACUAUAUUUGGUCGUUUGACAUGGAUUAACCAGACUGACCUUACUCGGUUCAUUUUGGCUUCUCAGGAUGACCAGACUGGCGGUAUAGCAGAUAAACCUGGAAAUAUUCCUGACCCAUUCCAUACUUUAUUUGGUCUUGCUGGUCUCUCUUUAUUAGCCCAGGUCGACUCAUAUUUCUCCUCACCAAGGAAAAUGGAAAAUGGAGUAAGUGGUGUAGAAGAUCCAGCCUUUGUCGCUUUACAAAUGGCUAGAAAUAAUUUGAAGACUAUUAAUCCAGUAUUAUGUAUGCCCCAAUACAUAAUAGAUCGAUUGCAGCUCAAAUUUCAACUACUGUAAAUAUUUUCUACCUACUGCAGACUUAUGUUGUAUUUUGUUUUUUCCACUGGCUCUAAACAUUUCAUCCUACUACGUGGAGCUUAUAAUCGUUGUUCUUAACAAAAUUGUGGUUCAAGUGUACUGCUGAUCAAAGUGUUUUGGAAUCAGUACUUUAAUAUAUUGUAAUGCGUACUUCUGACAUCCUCAACAUCAAUCUGUUUGUGGUCUUUCGUUAUCUAUACAGUCCCUGUGAUGUUCUUUUAAAACAUACCUCUUGUAACAAAAUUUUCAAAACAAAGAUUUUGUAUUUUCUCUUGUUUUUAAUUAAAACCAGCUAAGCACUUCAAUUAAAGUUAACAGAAAACCAUCAGUAGUCGUGUAUGUAUGACCAAGUAUCCCCGUGUGUAUGCUUCGUGAUAGUAUUACUACUGAUGGAAUAGGAUUUUUUAGGCAAUUAGUCGAAUAUAUCAUAGUCUUUAAAUUUUGAAUGUUCUGGAUUAGCUUACAAUAAAGUGAAACAUGGUUCUGUAUAUAUUUAAAAUUUGUUGAUACAGAAACUUCCAAUAAAUCAAAUAUAUUUAUACGGAUAAGAAACUCCAGUUUUUAACUGAUUGGGAAAUUGCAUGCAAUUCAAAGAAUUUGUUAAUAUAUUUCUUUAUUGAACAUCAUGGAAACGUUUUCUGAGGAUUGGAUUUAUUGUUUAUCUUUAGCAGUUUUUAAUGCUCCUAAAUAAUCGACACAUUUUUCAAACUGUUUUCUUCACUGGUAAAUGUGGAAGCAUAAGUGCUCCCAGCUUUUCAAUGGUUGUCCGACAUGUUUCGGUUCGUGAUCUCAAUAAAAUUCAACAAUCCCCACAACCCCCAUAUUGUUAUUUUCUCACUAUUGUACAAAUCAAUCCUUCAGUAAUUCCAUGGAAAUUAUCUAAAGUGCAUUUUAGGAUUUGUAACGGAUUCUUAGUGUCACGUGAUGUAGACUUUUCUUUUUCAAACUAUACUAUAUAGUUUUGUUUUUGACUUACAAUAUGUAUUUGAUUCUAUCGUAUUUAUUCACACGAAAUUAUAAAUUAGUCAUAUCACUGUUUAAGAUUCACUUCGAGCUUCUUCCGAAAUUCGGUAUGCUUUUAUUAUGAGCUUGUAAGAGUAAGAAGCAUUCACCAGAAUUAGAAUGUUGAGACGUGAGGGAAGGAUCUCAGACGUAAGUUGCUACAAUUCUAUAUAUUUAAGGGAUUCGUUUGACAUCCAACAGUAUAAACUGCUUUGUUGUCUAUAUGAUUGGUGAAGUGGUGGCUUAUUGGUUCAAUUUUCGGCAAAUAAUUUCCAGAUUCGAAAUCCUCCCAGUCUAUUUCGGUUUGGGCAUCUGGGUAUUAUCAUUAACCUUCACGCAGUGUGGCUCAUAUUCAAGUACCUGGAGAAGAAGGUAAUUCAAUUAACUUUAACUACACGACCAUCGAUAGUAAGGUGACUGGUUUUUUAUGGAUUUAUCCGGCCUAACUCAAAUAUCCCAACGCUGUCCGACGAUGAAAAUGCUAAUUUUAUAGCUUCAAGCUUUUCUUAUUCACGCUGCUCUCUAUGCUGAUUCAACACCCAAAGUAAUUCGAUGCUACACGUUAACCGUUACAAUAGUCAAUUACAUAGAUUAAUAACAAACAUAGUGAUAACACAAAGUAAAGCACUUGAAUGAAUCUGUUCAAGAAAUACUUUGAUAGUAACUAUCAAGAACUUUAAGGUUAAAAAAAAGCCAAUCGAUUAUAUUCAUUUGUCUAUGAAUUCGGUUUUUGCACAGAGAUAUGGCAAACUAAACACUUACUUGAAUAGCUUCUGCACUAUGAAAAGCUUGUUUUGUAGUGGUUUCUUCACCAAUCCAAUACUUGAUAAAGGAAGAAAAAGAGAAAGAAAAGAUUUUUUUUAAAACACGACACAGUUUUCCAACCCAACUACUGGCAUUAAAUGAUUUGUGAAAGCUCUGAAUCUAGUUUUUACACUAAUUUGGAACCUGUCAACAAAGUGUAUGUGAAUUCACAAGGAAGCGGAUGAUUCAUUUUA